AUGGACUCAAAAAUGAGUCUAUCUCCUCUUCCUCCAGCCGGAUCAUUCACAGCAUCUCCUUCAUCAAGACCUCGAAAAAGAUCUAUUCAUGAAGUUGAAGAUGCUUCCUUACCUUCUGUUGGCCCUAAGCGAGCACUCACCGAACUCAACGAAGAAAACCAGGAGAAUCAGAAUCCAGUCCCAACUCACCCGAAAAUCGAUGCAUCCCUAUCAAUGAGACAGACAGUUGUCUUACCCCCUCCUCCAUCAGUAAUUAUCCCAAUGAAGAAGACCAACGGCGAACCAAUACUAUCGCCUGUCAAGAAUCAAACCGUCGAUCAGGCGCCUUCUACAUCCCUUUCCACAACAGAUGUGACAAUCCCCCUGCCUGUUACCAAGCCUUUGCCUGCGAACAAAGAAGCAAAGCAACAGGAAAAGGAGGCCCGAGAGCGCCAGAAGCUAGACGAAAAGUUGAAGAAGGAAGUAGAGAAACGGCUCAAGGCCGACGAGAAGAAGAAGCGUGAUGCGGAGAAAGAAGAGGAAAAGAAGAAGCGUGAUGCAGAGAAAGAGGAGGAGAAGAAGAAGCGCGAGACUGAGCGAGAGGGGAAGCGCAAGGCCAAGGAAGAAGAAAAGGCAGCCAAGGAGGAUGAGAAGCGACGAAAGUCGGAAGAGAAAUUGAAGAAGGACCGAGCUCAACCCAAGUUGAAUGCUUUCUUUGUCAACCCGAAAACAACCUCAUCUUCUUCUACAGCCCCGCAUAUGGCCCCAUCACCAGCCCAAGAGUCUCCCGCCAUCGGCUCAAAUACUGCUGGUACUCUACAAUCAGACUAUUCCCAAGCGUUCCCAGAUUUCUUCCUCCAAUCCCAUACUACCCUUGCUCCCACAAAUCGCUUCGAGCGUGACUCGGAAGCCCUGCAGCACGUUCUUCAAACAAUUGACGAUUCCUUGAACCAAAAUGACAACUGCGAGACUAUACCAUUUCGUCCUUCUGAUAUAUUUCAUCUUAUCCCGUACAAACGACGCCCAGCUCAUCCAUCUCCUUCUGUCAAGGAUAUCUUGCUCCAGAUCCGCAACAUGAAUGAAAAGACCACCGAUUCUGACACUAUGGAUGUGGGUAUCCUUUCUAACCCCCAUGAACUUCUCCAAAAAGUCCCUGUCAAGUCGCUCAAAUUCACGGAAGAUGUCCGCCCACCUUACCAAGGAACAUUUUCUCUUAAUCUUUCACAGGAUGUUGCGAAAAAGAUCGCAUUAAAUCCCUAUUAUCAGGGCCUACCGGGCGUCGACUACGUGUACGACUCGGAGGCAGAAUGGGAGGAGCCUGGAGAAGGCGAAGACCUUGAUUCGGAAGAAGAUGAAGAGGCCAGUGACGAAGACGAGGACGAUAUGGAUGGGUUUUUGGAUGAUGCGGAUGAUGAUUUGGCUGUGACUGAAAAGAAGCAACGACCCAUUGUGGGCGAUCUUGAACCUCGUUCCAGUGGUAUCCACUGGAUAGCUGAUGGUACUGAUCCAGAACUACAAGCCCAUUGUAUCGAACCCCUCUCCAAUCUUGUCCGGGUCUCUAUUGACCCGUUCUCCACGGCGUAUUGGAAGCAACCAAAGACUGCGGCAAAGACUGCAGCAAAGACUGCUGCAAAGACUGCUGCAAAGACUGCUGCAAAGACUGCUGCAAAGGCCGUGGCAAAGGCAAAUGUAAAGGCGGCAAAUGAAACUGCAAAGUCGGCAAAGGCAGCAGCUAAGACAACAGCCAAGUCACCGCCAAAGGUUGCCCUACCCAAAGGCCAGCAAUCUCUUAGCGAUGUUAUUCUCAAACCUGGCUCGACUCCGUCUGCAGCUGAGAAGAUUGUACCGGCGGUGAAAGUCAAACAAGUCAAACCGUUCCCCUCUGAUAAGUUGGAUGAAUUCAAGGGCGUGGUCAAUGACAAUGGCGGUGUCAGCAAGAUCGGAAUGGUAGAGCUGCUCAAAGCACGAUUCCGCGGCGUUGCAACCAAUGACACAUUGAAGGCCACCCUGGACCAGGUGGCCAAGCGUGUUGGCCAGAAAGAGGCUGACAAGAAAUGGGUACUC